AAAAGCGUCCUUGGUGCUGGGAGAGCUGUUAGCAACCAGCAGCCAUUUGAGUGUUUUCCUGCACCGCUAUCUCACCAAAACAAACCCGUGUCUGUCAUUUUAACCUUGUGUGCUUUAUUAUUCAUGUGAAAAUGACCUCAAAUAACCCGUCCGUUUUUCUUCUCAUGGUCAAUGGGCAAAUCGAAACAGCUUGUUUCCCGGAAUAUGAUGACUUAUAUUGCAAGUAUUGUUUUGUAUAUGGACACGACUGGGCUCCAACAGCAGGACUGGAAGAGGGGAUUUCUCAAAUAACAUCCAAAGGGCGAGAUUCCUCUCAGAACCUGGUGUGGAACUUUCCCCUGGACAUUACUUUCAAAAGCACCAACCCCUUCGGCUGGCCUCAGGUUGUGGUGAGCGUAUAUGGGCCAGAUACAUUCGGAAACGACGUGGUCCGGGGUUAUGGAGCAGUGCACGUCCCCUUUACCCCUGGAAAACACACAAGGACAAUCCCAAUGUUUGUUCCUGAGUCCACAUCGAGGCUGCAGAGAUUCACAAGCUGGCUGAUGGGAAGACGUCCCGAGUUCACAGAUCCCAAAGUCGUCGCUCAGGGAGAAGGAAGAGAGGUAACCAGGGUGCGCUCUCAAGGCUUCGUAACCAUCCAGUUUAACAUUGUUACCAAGGACAUGAAGAAGCUGGGAUAUGACGUCACACCCACAGAGCAAACACCAACCACUCGCCUGACAGGAACCUGAUGAUGCCUCAGCUCUUACACACCAUAAAUCCUUGUUUCAUAAAUGUACAGAUCUUUUUCUUAUCAUUAUAAUUAGCAUCACUUUUAUUUAACCUACACAACCAAGACAUUUUGUCUAUCCUGUUACUUUUAUAUAUAUAUAUGUAAUAAACUUUUAUGUUUUUAUUUCUCUUG